GUUGCCUUCUUGCGGAAUGAAAGGUAUCGGGCACGUCGAUGAACAUCUGUGGAGCCUGCAGCACUACUAACACCCCACCUGGCCAUCAUGUGUGGUUGACACGGACGCACACAGUGUCUGCCGACGGCGUCUUCGCAGCUAAAAGGACAAAGGCGUGAAAGGUAAAAGAGAUUGUGAGUCACAACACAACCCAAAAAACUAGGCAGACCAUAAAAAACCGCAGCUAUGUCUUUCACCAUACCCGUAAUUAAUCUGGAAUUUAACGAAGUGAAGGAGAUAGUAUGGACGAAGAUCCAGGAACCGGUGAUGCAACGCCGGUUGAUCCUGGUGAUCGUCUCCAUUGCCCUCCUUCUCGACAAUAUGCUCUACAUGGUGAUUGUGCCCAUCAUUCCGGACUACCUGAGGUACAUUGGAGCAUGGGGAACGGAAGAGCAGUACAAUUAUACGGACGACAAACCCCAUCCACGCGAUCAUCACGGCCAGGACUCAGCAACGGGUGUGCUAUUUGCAUCAAAAGCAAUUGUGCAGCUAAUGGUGAAUCCCUUUUCGGGCGCCAUUAUCGAUCGCAUCGGCUACGACAUCCCCAUGAUGAUCGGUCUUACGAUCAUGUUCCUCUCGACUGCGGUAUUUGCGUGUGGUCGCAGCUACGGCGUACUCUUCUUUGCACGCUCCCUCCAGGGUGCAGGAUCAGCAUUUGCAGACACCUCCGGUCUCGCCAUGAUUGCUGAUCGUUUCACGGAAGAGAAUGAACGAUCGCGCGCCUUGGGCAUUGCGCUGGCCUUUAUAAGCUUUGGGUGCCUGGUAGCGCCUCCAUUUGGUGGGGCACUCUACCAAUUUGCCGGCAAGGAGAUGCCCUUUCUCAUUCUCGCCUUCAUCUCCCUCCUCGAUGGCCUUAUGCUCUUGCUAGUAAUGAAGCCAAUCAAGGAACAACUGGCCGAGAGGCAAAACGAACGAUCACCCACAAUACCUAUCUGGCGCCUCAUGAUGGAUCCCUACAUUGCCGUAUGUGCAGGAGCUCUAAUGAUGAGUAAUGUUGCACUAGCCUUCCUCGAACCAACUAUAUCACUCUGGAUGGAGGAUAAUCUCACAACGGAAAACUGGAAGAUUGGCAUGAUCUGGCUACCAGCAUUCUUUCCACACGUUUUCGGUGUGGUAAUCACUGUGAAAAUGGCUCGUAAAUACCCACAGCAUCAGUGGUUGAUGGCAGCAGGAGGUCUGGCUCUUGAAGGCUUAUGUUGUUUCCUCAUACCCCUAUCCUCCUCCUAUAAAAUGCUAAUGAUCCCAAUCUGUGGCAUUUGCUUCGGAAUCGCGCUCAUCGAUACAGCCUUGCUACCAACACUUGGCUACCUCGUAGAUGUGCGAUACGUUUCCGUCUAUGGAAGUAUCUACGCUAUUGCUGAUAUAUCGUACUCACUGGCCUACGCUGUAGGACCUAUAAUAGCAGGUGGAAUUGUGGAGGUGAUCGGAUUUACGGCACUUAAUAUUCUGAUUGCAUUCUCAAACCUCCUCUACGCACCUGUUCUAACAUAUCUCAAGCACAUCUACGACUUCAAGCCAUUCCAGAGUGAGGCAAAUAUUCUAAUGGGUGAUCCACCAACCAAAGAGUACCAAACGUACACGAUGCACGAUCAGAGGCCUGUAGAUGGAGACUACAAGAAUCACCUGGAGUAUGGGCGUUUUGAGGAGCAACAAGGGGAGCAAGAGACUAAUAUUGAUGAGGGGCAGAAUGGAUAUGUAGCACAAGGAGGGUAUCAGCAGGGCUAUGAUCAGGGUUACGACCAACAGGGCUAUCAACCUGGAUACCAAGAGCAGGGCGGUGUGUACCAGCAGCAGCAGCAGCAGCAGCAACCGCGACAUUUACCACAGCAACCUGUAGCCAAUCCCUUCAGACAGGGUGAACAAGCCCCUCCAGAACCACAAGCAUCUGGGAGACCCGUGAAUCCCUUCCGCCAGGGUUACUAAAUUACCCCGACACCUCCCACUCGUUAUCGUUUAUGUUAUCCUAUUCUUGUUGCAGAAAUUAUCGGACUAUUGAAGAAUUAUAUUGCAUGCCCCUCGACGUUGCAAUCAACUCGAUGCAUUUGUUACUAUCACGAAUGUUAUUCACAAAAGUAUUGAUUGGACUGCAUUGUUCAGAACCUUAUAUCCACCAUAGUAUAAUAGCCCUGAAAUAUACCAUUAAUUUAUAGUCCCGAAACAUUGAUAUAAUUUAACAAAACAACCCUAUCUUUAACACUCCCUGUUAGAUAAAUAUUAUAUACUAUUAUGAAGAACAAAUUGCACACGUUUAAUUAAAAAGAAGAAACAAAAGGAAAAAGGCGUAUUAUACCGAAAGCUACAAUUAUUAUACAUACAUAUCCAGAUGAAAAAAUUAUAUUAUGCAAUUAUCUAUAUAUAUACAACAAAAAAGAAGAAUAUUUGCUAUUAUAGAUGUACUAUGUAUAGAGAGAAAUUAUAUAAAAUGCUGUUGUAAAUAUUUUACAGUGACUUGGACAUAUUUUGGUGCAGAGUUUAUAUUUGAGGGUUUUACGUGUGCUCUUAAAAGAAAAAAAAUUGAAUUGGAUCGGAUAACUAAGGGUGAUUAUGCGGAAAGUUCCUCUGCAGACAUUUUUCAAUUUUUCCACCACAUCCAAUUCAAAUUAAUGGAAAUUUAUGAACAUUUUACGCCUCCUCGCCCACUUCUUUUUUUCCCCAUUAGCGUAGCUGUAGAUGUAUUAAAAAAGAAAGAAAAAACUUCUCUUAGGGGUAAGAAGUCAAUUGGUUCGCGAGGAUAUUGCGAGGCUCCGAAGCAACAUCAAUAUCGCAUACAUAUCAAUAUAAGUUUGCACGUCUCUUGGGUGUUGCCGAGGAGUAGGUGGCACGGUAGGUCUUUACAUCCUAUCCCACCGUACUCGCAGCUCGUCCGUUGACAUUUUUGUUUUGAUUAUUUUAAUUUUAACGUGGAAAGGGCUCUAAAGGAAAAAAGAAUCUCCGAUAGAAUAAAGUCCUGCCCACUAGUUUUUAACAUUAAGACACAACCAAGGUAACGAUACAUAUCAGAGUCAUGUGACUCGCCUGAUUUUUACCGAAGUGAUAUUAUUCAGGACACUUGGUCUAAAAUAUCACGGCCACAGUGUCCUAUAUACAUACAUAUAUUAAACUUUAUAAAGAUAUAUUACUUUAAAAAAUAUGUAAGGUAGCUUAAGGAUAAAUUAAGGAUAUUAACACAUCACUGAGACAUGCAUUACGUGUAAAGAAAUAAAAUUAAGGAAUGUCAUAAUCAAUUGAAUGUGGGAUAGAAAGUCUAGAAAAUGUACGUAAUAGUUGGAUGAAUGAUUAAGCACAAAAGUUAAUUGACGUCUCGCCUGAUUUGAAAAAUAAAACAAGACUUUUUUUAAAGUUUGGAAUAAUGUAAAAUUAAAAUGUUAAAUAUUAAUGUAAAAACAAAGUUAUUUUUAAACAACUAUUGAUUCAAAUUAUUGUUGAUUUUUUUUUAAAUUAAUUUUAAAAACAGAAAAUCACAUUUUUCCUCAAUUUUCUCUAUUUUUUAACAACUAACUUUUGUGCUUAAGGAAAUAAGAAAAUAAUCAUCACAUCAAAUCAUAUUAAAAAAAUUAUCAAUUAACCAUAUAAUAUAAAAUAUAUAUAGCAAUUAGAUAGCCGAGGAAUCCCAAGAAGUCAUCUUGAUUUUCUUUGUGUUUUCCAGCCAAGAUGGCAUCUCUUGUAAAAGUAGACCCAAUGCAGUGGUACACAAUAUUUAAGGUCCUUAAGGGUUGGGUGAACCCAAGUUAUACAUCGAAUAGCAAGGGUAGGAACCUAAUUUAUUUAAAAAAAUAAAUAAAUAAAAAUUCACACAAAAUAAAAUCAGAGACCACACCAAAAUUGUGAAGCCAGCAUAAAGAAAAUUUUGAGUUUCCAAUGCGAAUAUAUUUCUCUUAUGAAGAAAUAUAUAGGAACCAUACACCCUGUCCCGUAACCUAACGAAGCAAUACAAAAUUGAAUUUUAAUUAUAUAAAUUACUAUCAUGUAAGGCAUAUACAUAUAAUAGGUAUGUAUAUAAUAAAUGAAAUAAAAAUCUCUAAUGAAUAUUAGUUGAUACUUAUAUUGAUAAUCGAUUAAACUGAUUAUUCAUAAUUAUAUAUCAAAGUUAAGACGUAUAUGGAAGAAUGUAGGAAAGAAGUUGAAAAUGAAAAUAUAUAAUUUGUAGAUAUGCUAGACGCUAAAAAAGAAAAACAUUGAAAAUAUGUAAAGAUCAGAAGCGUUCUGGGACUCACACUAAUCGUCACAAUUAUCACAUAGGUUCAAUUAUUGGGUGUAAAAACCAACAAAAAAACAAAAUGACAUGCUAAAGUCAGUAAAGAAGCACUAGAAAUGGUAACUCGUAAAUCAGAGUGAUGAGGGUAUGAAAAAAAAAUCUUAUGUACAAUAAAGCAUCAUCCCUCGUGCGUGUAAAGAGAAAAAAAACAUAAACCAAUGUAUAGAAGUAGUUGAGAGAGAAAGAAUCCUAGGAUAAUACCAUAAGGAAAUUAUUAACG